AUGCUUUUCCAAAAUUCAAAGCCUGGCACAAGCUAUGACAAACCUAUAAAUGAAACUGGUGACAUCGAAAAAUUUACUUAUUCGUAUAAUGAGCAGUCAGAUUUAAAUCAGACAAACACGAUAUCUGAACUUACUACAGAGCACCUUGAGUUUCUUCUAAAUAGGCAUGGAUCUGUACAAUUGGAUCCUACCCCUUCAAAUAAUCCUCUGGAUCCCCUAAAUUGGUCUCUUUUUAAAAAAAAUUAUGAGAUAUUUUUAAUAUCGUUUCAUUCCUUUAUGGUUACAUUCAUGGCUGCUGGAAUUGCACCUGCUUAUGAAGCCAUGUCAGAAGAGUAUGGAAAAACAAUGACAGAAAUUUCUUUCUUGACAUCUGUUCAAAUUUUAGUUGUUGGUAUUUUCCCUCUUGUAUUUGUUCCAUUGAUGAACAUAUAUGGAAGAAGGCCCUUCUUAGCACUAUCGACUUUGGUAUGUUGUGCAUUAAAUAUUGGCGGAGGCUUUUGUAAGACAUAUUCGCUGCAAAUGGCUACUAGGGUAUUGGUUGCAGUCAUGAUAUCAACAGGUGCAGCUACAGGAUCAAGCAUUGUAGCUGACGUUUCUUUUAGUCACGAGAGAGGUAAAAAAAAUGGUUGGUGGUCUGUGGGGUAUGUUCUUGGUACUCCAGGGGGUCCUUUUUUUAUGGGAUUUGUUCAAAAGCAUGCUAGUACAAAAUGGAUUUAUUUCACCUUUGCAAUAGUGAAUUUCUUACAGUUCAUCUGCUACUUAUUUUCAAAUGAAACAGUCUUUGAUAGGGAGAAUCUUUCAACUGAUCCUAAAUCUAGUAAAUCAAUCAAGUGGUUAGGGUUUAUUAAAGCAACUAGCAAAGAGUUUGAAUUGUGUCUCUUUUGGAGACCUUUAAAACAAGCAUUAGACUAUAGAAUCACGUUGGUAACUAUUGCUGCAACUGUGACCUUCAGUUACGCCAAUAUAGUUCUCAUAGUAGAGACACCUCAAAUUUUUGGUUCAUUAUUCUUUCUUGAUGCCCAGCAACUAAGUUUGCAAUAUAUAGCUUUGAUCGUUGGAUCCAUCUUCGGCGAACUUCUUUCUGGUCCGCUUUCUGAUUAUUGGAUGAGAUUCUGUGUCCGUAAAAGAGGAGGCCAGAGAGUUAUUGUAGAUCGAUUAUGGAUUUCUUACUACGGGUAUAUGUGUAUUAUUGUUGGAUUGAUUGUUUGGGGUGUUAAUUUAUUUAAUGCCGAACAAGGACAUUGGAUAAUUUCCCCAUUAAUUGGAGCUGCAAUUGCUGCCGCUGGGAUGAAUAUAGUGACCACUAUAUUGAUAGUAUAUGCCAUUGAUACAAACCCUUUGAAGGCGGCAGACACAGGUUUGUAUUUAAAUCUUGUCAGAAUGUCUUUUGGUUUUAUUGGUCCAUUUUAUUUUUCGGAAAUGUUCACAAAGCUAAAUUUAGCUGGAGCAUCUGGCUUAAUGGCAGGCCUUGUUUUAGUUCUUGGUGGAUUUGUCACUGUUAUUGUUCAUGUUAUUGGUUUGAAAUCAUUAAAUAAAGAUCAAAAUUUGUGA